AUGAUUAACUCCAAGACCAUUGUCUCUGGGUUAGCCCUCUCGGCCCUCGCUGCUUCUGCCCCUACCCUCAGUAGUAAUUUCUCUAUUAACUUAGUUCCUAUUAAUGUUUCUCGUGUCCACCCAGCCGCUAAAUACGCCAGGGCUUUUAGCAAAUAUGGUGUUGAUAUUCCUAAUUAUCUCGCCUUAGCUGCUAGGUCCGGUAACCCUGGUAACCCUGGUCAGGCUGGCUCAGUUGUCGUUAAUAUCUAUAAAUAUGAUGUUGCAUACUUUUCUCCUAUCAUAGUUGGUGAUAGCGAGUUAUUGGUUGAAUUAGACACCGGUUCUGCUGACUUGUGGGUUAAGACUAGGGAUACCCCUACUGCUGGACCUCGUACCUAUGAUCCUAGCACUGGUCACUUACUACCAGAUCAUAGUUGGCAUCUUGAAUAUGGUGAUGGCAGCAGUGUUGGGGGCAUUGCAUAUAUAGAUAAAGUUCAGAUCGGCCAGGUUACGUGUCCUGCCCAGGUUGUUGAGGUCGCUAUGUACCUCAAUUCACCCGGGGAAAUUCUGAGGAAUGCAUUAGAUGGUAUCGUGGGAUUGGCCUUCCCUUGGUUGAAUAUGUUGCGACCUACGCCGACGUAUACUUUCUAUGAGAAUGUUAAGGGGAGCCUUGAGAUCCCGGUCUUUGCUGCUUACCUUAAGCAUCAAGCUCCUGGUGCCUAUGAUUUUGGCUUUAUUGAUCCCAGUAAAUAUGAAGGGAACAUCACUUAUACGCCUGUUUAUUCUAGCCACGGAUACUGGAAUAUUACUGUGGAUGGAUUCUCUAUUGGUUCUGCUCCUUCCCUUGUAUACCCUUUCUAUGCUAUAGUCGAUACUGGUUGUAGUCUUCUCCUUCUUGAUCAGUAUAUUGUCGAAAUGUACUACGCUAGUAUUAGGUCUGCUUAUUUCUCUUAUGAUAUGGGUGGAUGGGCCUUUGAUUGCAGGGAAAACAUUCCUCCCUUUUCUCUUAACAUUGGUUCUCACAUUGGUCUCCUUCCGGGUGAAUACAUCAAGUAUAAGGCCAUUGGUACGCUUUGCUAUGGUGGUAUCCAGAUCGCCCCUAGGCCUGACCUCAAUAUUCUCGGCGCCAUGUUCCUUAAAUCCCAGUACGUUAUUUUCGACAACGGCAUUUCCGGACAUCCUCGAGUCGGUUUCGCUAAACAGGCCGGUCUAGGUGUACCUAUGGUUUGA